GAUCACCAACAAACAUCUUCAGUACCCACUCGAAGAAACGCUUCAUAAUCUCAACUAUGCACCUGCUGGAGAACUCCGACCUCCACCGUUUCCUCGCCGAAAACAGCCUCGGAUCUCACUGCUUCCCCAACGAUUCUGAUCGGCUUCCAAUCAUGCAAGGCUUCACCAGCGUCACCGACACGACUCCUCUGGACAAAGCUCUUGUUGCUUUGAAGAAUCCCAUCUCAAUAAGUUCAGAAGCCUUCUCCCUUGUAAUUCUAAGGUAAUUAUGUAUUAAUUUGCAUUUUCAGAAGAAUGUGUUCUCAAAAUUUAUGUACUUUUUGUUGGGAAGUUUUGGUUUUCCAUAGAUUUAUGAGAUUUGAAUAGUAAAAUGAAUCUGGAGUUUGAAUUAGUUAAUGCAAAUUCUUGGAGCUUAAUUGGGUUUCUAAGUGUUAAGACUUUUUCCUGUGCUUUGUUGGCUGAUCAGAAGAUGGAAUGGCAAUGUUUAAAUCAAAAGGAAAAACCUUUACUAAUCUAUCAUUGCACAAGCAGCCUUUGUUAGAUAAGAACAAAGACCAAAUUUAUGACACGACCGAGUUUACAUGCUGUAGGAAUCUUCAUUCUCGUUGUAGAAGUAUCUGCAUUUCUUGAAAGGGUUUUGUGCAUUUGGUUUUCAAUUUCCAGCUUUUAAACUAGGUUGACUAAUUUUCUCCCUCUUGUCUCAACUUAUGUAUUUCCAUCUUAUUUUUUGUGUGGCAAUUGGCCUCUUCAUUCUUCAUCACUAAAUGUACCAUAUUAUGCUUUUGUUAAUAUUUUUGGAAUCUUGUGUUCUUGUGAAUGCAUAUCCAUGAAAUGGAUUUUUUGUGUGUUUUUUGUGUUUUUUGUGCGUUUUCUGUGCAUUUUUUGUGUUUUUUUGGGUGCAUUUUCUGUGCAUUUUUUGUGCAUUUUUUGUGCGUUUUCUAUGCAUUUUCUAUGUAUUAUCAAGUGCUAUAGAGUAAAAAAUGAAUAAAAAGAAGAGGGAUCAUGGAUGAUCUAAUUGCUUAGAGCUUUAUGGUAAAAAAAGGAAUAAAAUUCUUGGUAUAAA